AUGGCCACUGCGGUCUCCAAACGCCUCCACGGGAAAACUAUAUUGAUAACUGGAGCUUCUUCUGGAAUUGGCCGCUCUACCGCAUUCGAAUUUGCUCGCAACUCUCCUAAAGAGCUAAAGUUGAUAUUGACUGCGCGGCGGAUUGACUGUCUAUGUGAGAUAGCCGCUGAAAUCAUCAAGGAGAUCGGCGCUGGUGUCAAAGUACUACCUGUCCAGCUUGAUGUUAGCAAUCCAGAUGACGUGCGCACUUUGGUAGGAAGGUUACCUGCCGAGUUCAAAGAGGUCGAUGUUCUGGUCAACAAUGCAGGUCUCGUGAGAGGUGUGGCAAAGGCACCGGAAAUUUUGGAGGAAGACAUUAACGUUAUGUUCGCGACAAAUGUGAAUGGUCUAAUCAACAUGACGCAGGCUAUUUUACCUGGCAUGUUGAAGCGAAACAAUGGCGCUGGGGCCGGUGACAUUAUAAAUAUUGGCUCUAUUGCUGGUCGCGAACCCUACGUUGGUGGGGGAAUAUACUGCGCGACCAAAGCUGCUGUUCGUUCGUUUACCAAAAGCAUGCGUAAGGAGCUUAUUUCAACUCGGAUUCGCAUCAUUUGCAUAGAUCCUGGUCAAGUCGAAACCGAUUUCUCUGUGGUGCGUUUCUAUGGCGACAAGGAAAAGGCGAACGCUGUUUAUACGCAAGUCCCUCCAAACCACCUAGAAAAAGCCCAUAUUCUUGCGCUAACUGCUUUGUAG